AGAAGCCCCGCCCUCUGAGGGCCAACACAACUGUGUGUAUUCAGGGUGAAGACAGGCUGAGACACGGCAGCUCAGGGUGGAGGUGUGCUACUGUCUGUAGGUGACCUCACGUCUGGGGUGUUUCAAUAUCCUCUGACAACGUUGGCUGUGAAUCUGAAGCAAUGUGGCGUUCAUACUUCCUGCUGGCGGUGUUGACUGGGAGUGUAAAGCCAGUCUCAGGAUACAGUAAUGGGAAGGUGAGUAUUGCCUGUGGAGACAUGGUGCCUCAGCAUGGUCACGAGCCCAGCCCGGACCCUCCUCCAUACAGCAUCACUGUGGACAAAGACACGUUUAGUCCCCAGGACAACAUCACAGUAUCUUUACAAGCGGCCUCCUCCAACCCCACGUUCUUCAGGGGGUUCCUCAUAGAAGCUCGGGAUGCUGAGAAAUUGGACUCCCCAGCAGUGGGUUUCUUCAUCCUGACUGACCCCCAUGAGUCCCAGCUGCUCCAGUGUGGCCACUCUCAGGGAUCUGGGGUGAGUCACAGGAGCAGCAAAAGAAAGACUCAUGUUCAGGCCGUGUGGACGUCUCCAGAAAACCCUCCACAAAGAGUCCAGUUUCUUGUGACAGUGGUACAUGAGUACAAGGUUUACUGGGUGAGGAUUGCAGGUCCUGAGGUCUCUCUUAGAGGAGCGACUGCUGUUCCACCAACUGCUGUUCCUGCUCAAACCACCAGCAGCGCCACGGCUCUGUUCACACCGUUUAGUUCAGCGGGGUGUGCCCACAGUAAAACUUGCCUCAGAGACCCGGUGGGCUGUCACCCAGAGUCAGACCUCCACUGUUUCUUCCUGUCGUUCAUCACCGAUCAACAAGGACGGAGUGUGAUGUUUGAACUGAGUGGACCUGCUGAAGGUUACGUGUCCUUCGCCCUGUCUCGGGACAAAUGGAUGGGGGAUGAUGACGCCUAUCUGUGUGUGAAUGAUGGAGGCAGAGUUAGCAUCAGUGCUGCUCAUGUGUCUGGACGAACACACCCUGUGCUGGCUACAGAGGAGGACCUGUGGGGUCGGGCAUGGAGACUGGCCGACGGGGUCAUCCAAUGCCGUUUCCAAAGAAACAUCAUCCACCCUCAGGUGGAGGACAGGUUCAACUUAAACCAGAGCUACUUCCUGUUCCUGGCACAUGGGAGAUCUCACCAAGGUUUAAUCCACAGACACGAUCGCCAACCUCUCAUCUCCACCAAUCAGAAGGUGAUCACUGGACAUCCAGAGGAUCUAUCUGGCUCCCGCUCCCCCCUGCUCAUCAAGUUCCACGGUGUGUUGAUGCUGACUGCCUGGAUGUGGACGGUGAGCACAGCCAUCUUCAUCGCUCACCACUACAAACACUCCUGGCCUGACACAACUCUGCUGGGACAAAGGCUGUGGUUUCAGCUCCAUCGGACCAUGAUGGUCUUGGCUGUGGUUCUAACUGCUGUGGCCUUCAGCCUGCCUUUCAUAUACAGGAGGGGAUGGAGCAAGCAUGCCGGCUCUCACCCUUACAUAGGCUGCACUGUCAUGGCUCUGUCAGUCAUCCAGCUAAUUAUGGCAGUUCUCAGACCAGCCCCGGAGUCCCCCAGGAGGAUCAUCUUCAACUGGAUGCACUUUGGAACAGGAACUGUUGGCCAGAUACUCGCUGUGGUGUGUGUGUUCCUGGGAGCUGCUCAGCAGGCUCUGUUAUUACCCAGCCCCCGGGCUGCUGCAGCGCUCACUGGAUGGCUGCUGUGGAUCAUGCUGGCAAACCUGCUGCUGCUGGUCCAUUCCUACAGACUCAGGAGGACAGGAAACAUGGACAGUGAUGACAAAGAGAUUUUGUUUGCUCAGUUAGAGAGGCAGCAGCAUGGAGAGAUAUCCAAAGUGAAGAAGAUGGUGUUAGUGGUGUUCCUAGUGGGGAAUACAGGCUUCCUGGCUGCACUUAUAACAUCCAUUGCAAGUGUAUAAUUAUCACAAAUGAUUAUCUAUGAUAAUGUCUUGUAAGUUAUUUCACUGUUCAUAUUACUUCGUACAAAUAGUUAAUUUCAAAAGUAAUGGCUUCCACUAUGUGAUGACUACAAUGACUAUCCAAUAUCCAAACCUGUUCUUAACCUAUAAACCUAGAUUUGGCAAUAGUUAAAUAUUUCCGGUUUCAUGAAACUUUGGUCUUAUUUUUGUAAUUUUGUCCAUCAUUUUGAUCAAUAAUAACUGAGAUCUAACAAAAGCUUCACUGUGUUUGACAUAAAGCACAAAAGAUGUCCAACGUGGCAAGAACCAAACGUUUUAGCCGGACUCGUUCAGUAGAGAAAACAAAGAGUAAAGUUAUUACACCCAUCACAGUUUACAACAGGUCAGCUGAACAUGGAAACAUUUUGUCCAAUUUGUCUACAGGCAAGCACAUCAUUAAUCAUAUAUGGAGGACAAAGUUCCCAAUAAUACAUAAAUGAUGAACAUAUUUUUAAAUAGAGCAGUUAUUUCAAAAAGAUUCCUUUGGAAAUCAACAACUUAAAAAAAAGCAAAAAAAUUAACUUAACUAAUUAAAAUAAGUGUCCGGAGUUUGUCUAUUUUUGAACUCCUCAUCUAGCACCACCCUCAGCUCAAACGUCCUGCUAUGAAACAUUGGUUCAAAGUGUUUAAAGUCCAGACUAUCCUAUGAUUAGCUAUUGGUGUUCCUGGUCCAAGAGGUUCCAAUUAGAAUUAUAAUGUUUUUUCACAAGCACCACCAGCAGACCUAAAUGUUCACUGUUGGCCAGAUUCCUGUGUUCCUUUAUACUCCAUAGAGGGCGAGACAUUUCUAUUUUGGUUUAUUGAGCAACUUUCCUCUAGUGGCACCCUCAGGCUAAAAUGUUAUCUCAUCACAGGCAGACCACGCUCAUGUAUCCAAAGAAAUAAAGCUAGCCAAACAUUCUUCAUAUACAUCUUUUUAUUGUUGCACUAAUCUCUUCAACACUUGCACGAGUAAUACAAAGUAAAAAGCCCCUGCAUAUUAAGUCAUAAAGAGCCCAAUAAGCCCCCCAAAAAGCCAUGGCAGGGACUUUUCACAGAAUGUUUAAACACCAGCAAGCAAUCUUGGGAUUCGUAAGUUAUAAUUUAACAAUGAAGCAUACAAACAUGAAAUGUAAAACACUGCUGUUUAAGGUCAGUGGAAUCUAAGGUCAAGAAAGUAACAAGCUCUAGAAGCUGCUUUUCAGAGUAGCUGGAAAUAUCAAGGCUUUGUAAAUAAUAAUAAACAUUUAUUUAUUAAAAUCAUCAAAUAUCAGUGUUUAUAUUUAAGAAAAUCCCUUUUGAAAAUAUCUUGUAUGUGGUCGUGAAAUUCACAAUAAAGGGAACCGCAAAGAAAAGUGCUGAAAAGUGAAUACUGCCUACGAUUGCCCUGUUACACACAAGUUGUAAUGAUUGGUGAAUGUUGGAAAAUAAAGUCAGAAUUUGAUUGAACAUUAAGAAGAAGCUCAUGUACAGUAAGUAUACAGUAGCUUCACUGUAUAGAUUCAUUUAUAGUUCUAUUGUAUAAAGAAUAAAAUACUUUAAUUUGUG